AUGGGUUUGGUGGAAUUAGGGUUUCGUUGGGUGCGUAAAGGUGCUAACUUUACAGAGGAGAUAGUGAGGGUUUCUGGUGAGAGAUCUCAUGGUGAUCUGAGUGUAAAGCUGAGAUUUUUGGAAGACGAAUUAAAGGGUUUUGUUAACAAUGGAGAGUUAUCGAGCUGCGUAGGUUCUAAUUCCAAAUGGAAUUUCAAUCAGGAUGGUCCAAUGUUGAACUCAAAGUGUGUUCUGUAUAAAUCCUUCAUUGAAGAGGUUAGUAUAUGGGGAUGGCCUUUGCAAACAGCUGGAUUGUUCCGUACUGGAUUCUCUUCAAGUUCGAUCACCGUGUUAUCAGGCCGAGUAACCGAGUGGUCAGAAGGGAAGUUCGGUUACACGAUGCGCGAGGCCAAUACUUCUUGGGGAAAAACGAAAUGGAGCACAUCGGUUUUGCAACUGGAUCCAAACACGUGGAUUCUUGAGUACAGCUUAAGCUCGGUGAUGGAGAGUCCUAAUCUGUUGUCGCUAACAAUCGAUCUCCUGACACACAUGAUGUUCCAAGCAGCAAAGAAUGUAAACCGAGAGAUUUUCUGGAUGUUUUCUUCAGCUUCAGGGAAUCUGUAUAGUAGUGAAUCAGUAUCAAAGACUAGCACAAUGACACCAACUUAG